AAGAGGUUGCUUAACUCAUCUUAGACUUAACCUAAACCCUAAAUUUAACCUCAAUUAGACCUAAUCCAACCUUUAGGUCUAACUCAUCUUAGCCCUAACCCAUCUCCUAGGUCUAACCUCAAUCCAAGGAGAAAUAUUGCGUUAAUCUCUUAUCAACCGAUUGAUUUUCUUCUUUCUUCCUCUGCAUCAUCCCAAAUGCUUGCGCUUGCUUUCUUGAAAUCGCUAUUUUAUGAGAAUUUAGAGAUUGUUUACCUGGGCUUAACGAGAAGGAAGCCUUACUACUUAAGUUGAUCUUUGGCGUUGAAUGGGGUAUUUUGAUAAUUGGUUUGAGAAACGUCAGGAGGCAGCCUUUGCUGAUGGUGGGGUUAUUCGGGCUGGAAGGGAAAUACUUUUUCAGGGAUUCAAUUGGGAAUCUCAUAAAAAUGAUUGGUGGAGUAACUUAGAGAAAAAGGUUCCUGAACUCGCUGACUCUGGAUUUACAUCAGUUUGGCUCCCUCCUGCUACUCACUCUUUUUCUCCAGAAGGCUAUCUACCGCAAAACCUUUAUUCCCUUGACUCUGCUUAUGGGUCUGAGCACCAAUUAAGAACUUUACUUCAGAAACUGGCCCAGCACAAAAUUAGAGCUAUGGCUGACAUAGUUAUCAACCAUCGAGUUGGUACUAGUCAAGGACAUGGCGGAGCAUAUAAUCGUUUUGAUGGGAUUCCUAUGCCUUGGGAUGAACACGCUAUCACAUCAUGUUCUGGUGGAUUGGGAAGUCAAAGCACGGGCUGCAGUUUUCCUGGAGUUCCCAAUAUUGACCAUACACAACCUUUUGUAAGAAAAGAUAUAGUCAACUGGCUCAAAUGGCUUCGUGAAACAAUCAGAUUUCAUGAUUUCCGCUUUGAUUUUGCCAAAGGCUAUGAUGCGAAGUUUGUGAACGAGUACAUAGAGCAAUCAAAGCCAAUAUUUUCAGUUGGAGAAUAUUGGGAUAGCUGCAGCUACAGCUCGGCUGAUCACUUGGACUACAAUCAAGAUAAUCACAGACAAAGGAUUAUAAAUUGGAUUGACAACACUGGAGGGCUUUGUGCUGCAUUUGAUUUCACAACCAAGGGUAUUCUUCAGGAAGCAAUGAAAGGAGAGCUAUGGCGUUUGAAAGAUCCUCAGGGGAAGCCACCUGGUGUGGUGGGCUGGUGGCCUUCGAGGGCUGUGACAUUCAUUGAGAACCAUGACACGGGAUCCACUCAGGGUCACUGGCCUUUUCCGUCGGAUCACAUUAUGGAGGGAUACGCCUACAUACUCACUCAUCCUGGAAUACCUACGGUAUUCUAUGAUCAUUUCUAUGACUGGGGAAAAUCCAUUCAUGAUCAAAUUGUGAAACUGAUGGAUGUACGAAGAAAUCAAGAUAUCCACAGCCGCUCCAGUGUUAGAAUAUUGGAAUCCAAAUCAAGCCUGUAUGCUGCAAUCAUUGGGGAGAAAUUGUGCGUUAAGAUUGGUGAUGGGUCCUGGUGCCCAACAGAUGGGGAAUGGAAACUUGCAACUUCUGGCACCAGAUAUGCUGCUUGGUGCAG